CAUUCCCAAUCAUUAAUGCGUUUUUAUUUCUACUUGCAGAACCAACCCAUUUCACAAAGGAUACAGGCAGCGCUCACUACUCUCCACCUCUAUGCCAACCUAGAACCCCCCAAACCACAAGCCAAGCCCAAACCCACAUCGACAUCAACCACCACAUCAUCAUCGUCAUCAUCAUCGGCCUCAUCCAAGAAGUCUAAGAAGAGCAAAUCAAAAUCAAAGUCGAAAUCGGACACUAAGAGCAAGAGUCGAGCAUCCCAGCUUGCUGCUCAGCAAGAGGGAAGAUUCCAGAUUGUGUCCACAUACAGAGGGGUGAAUCUGAAAGGACUUGAUGGGCAAAGUGCGCCCUCUAGUGUUAGUAAUGGUGUGGGUCGGAACAAAGGAGCAACCAAGGAUGAACUUUUCAGUCUAUUUGAUGCUGUCAUAGAUGAAGAGGCUAAAUCAUCAAGUAAGACCUCCAAAUCAGACGACAUCACGUGUAACUCGGUUAAGAUGAUCCGAGAGAAGCUAGUUAUCGAUGACGGUCCCGACAGUGAGUACGUGUACGAUCUCUACUACACAGACGACAACCAGCUUGACUUCGGCCAGACUGUUGUUACUGGUGUGCAGUUGGAGGAUGAGGAGCUAGUGCAUGAUUUCUUUGAUGAGGGUUCCCACGAGAAGUACGAUGAUGAGGAUGAUAGCAACGAUGAGAAUAAUUGGAGGAAUGACUACCCAGAUGAGGAUCCAGAUAAACGACAUGAAGAUCUCUUUGAUGAGUACAAGGACGAGUACCGAUACGGCGACAUAUCAAGCGAUGAAGACAUCCUCAACGACUAUGGGGACUACAGGAAACGACCAACCAAGGGCCUGGACUACUUCGGUGGCGGCCGAGAUCCUCUAGAUGAUCUGAUGUGAUUGGCUGAGAGGGGACAUCUUACGAUCAUUCAACUAAUCAGAUGUCUUGUUUGGUUUUCUUCUCUGAGUAAUUUUUUCUCUCUACUGUGAACUUUUGUUUGUGUCAGCAGCCUAUUAUCCUAUAAUGUUUGAUGCGUAUGAAACAAUCUGUAGAUUAUUAUGCGCAUGUAUCUGUUUGCGUAUAAGUGUGUAUGGUUCAUUCACGUUAUAGUGGAGGAGAAAAUUAUGUCUAUGUUUAGAGCAGGAGACUCAAUUUUUAGGUCUCAGGCUUGGAAAUUAAUCCUUUACAUUCCUUCUGCAUGAAAUUAGUUUUAAAAAUCUUAGGAGCACUUCUGGUGUUAUGGGAGUUCUAGAAGUUGGCAUAGGAUUUAAGUUCCUACCAUAUCAAAGUUUAUAGAAAUUGAAUAACUUAAUAUGAAAUAUGAAGAAAAAAAGAUAUUCAUGUCUAGUCAUAAAAAGGUCUCUUUUGACUGUUCAGAAUCAUGUUUUCAGAUGAUUUGUACGUAGUUUUUGUAAUAAAGAAUUGUUUUACAGUAAGAUAUCUCUACAGUUAUUGCGUAAAGAAAAAUAUGACUUUCUGUUAUGUCAGGAGUAUGUUUUUCACUGGUUUUCAAGAAGAUAGAUAAUUGGAGAGAGAUAGAUUGGAGAAAGAAAUUUUAAAAAUAGGGAUUAAGACAGGCAGAGUGUUGUGUGGGUAUGUGUGUGGUGGUGUGUGUGUGUGUGUGUGUGUGUGUGGUUUGUUUGAGAAAGAGAGAGAGAGAGAGGAGAUGGAGAGCGAAGGAAGGAACAAGAUCUUUGACACAGAUGCAAAACAGUAAACAAUCAUUCUCAAACAAACUUACUCUCCUUUAGAAGCAAUGCCCAAUGUUUGUGCAUUUAAUGAUGACUGUGCUGCAAUCAAAACCUUGUCUGUACUUCUUUUUCUUAGUAAAUCAAUGAGUUUGCAGAGUUCUAUGACAGAGUUUGGUUUGAAAGGUGCAAUUAUUUGGGGGAAAGUUGUUAUUUUUGUAUUGUUGUACUUUCAGAUUUUGUAAAUUUUUGUAUUCUUAAUGAAAGUACCUUGUGCCCAGUCUUCAUCUUUUUUUUUCUUUUUCUUAGUAAUUUACCAUCUUAAAAACAUUUUUAUUGCUUCAAUCUUACGGCAGCCACCUAAAAUGCUCCAAAUCAAGAAAUAUUAAAAGUGUUAUGUGUGUGCAGAUGUGCAUUGCUCUGUAUAUUUUCAAAUAAACAGAACAUGUUUUUCUAUACUUGCUUUAUUUUAUUUUUCCAAUACGUUUCCCAUUGGAGGGAAAAGCCUAGUAUCGUGUUGUAGAAUUUGACCAGAAACACAGAAUAUUGUCAAUAUGUUUCUAUAUCCAUAGUGGACUAAACAUUGUUUAGUAAUGCGUAGAAUUUGAAUUUCUUUGUGGGAAAAUUAUGUUUUCUCCCAUUUUAAUCUUUAGUAUAUGCCCUUAGAUUAUUAAAGCUCUUUGCCCGACCGUCAGUACUCACCAAAAUUGAAAUGUAAGAUAUACCCCCACUGAGUAAGACACAUACCUAAUCUAAAUAGUUUCAUUAGCUAGGAGAAUGCAACUUAGAUGGAUGAACUUGAGCUGAAUUCUGACUAUGCUUGGCGUAGAAAUACUAUUUCCAGCCUUGAAAUCACUUCAUUUUGCAGGAUGAUCAACUAAAAAAUGCUCAGCUAUUUCAGACUUUGAAAGACCAGAAUUCUGUUAAUUAAGUGUGAGAGGAUAUUUGUUUUAGACUGUAUUUUGGUUUGACUGGGCAAAAUUGAUACCAGUUCGAGUCACUUACUACAGCACUGAUGUGACAUUUUUCAUGUUCAAAGUUUGUACUACUAGGUCUAGCCCUAUUGAAAAAUCAAGUACUUCAAAAGUACUCUAUACCUGAAUCAAGCAUGCCUGUAUUAAGGAAAGCUGUACAUACACAUAGGUUCUGGAAAUUAGUUUUGUACAUGUAUAGUGUAAACUUGUAACUUUGUAUAGUAGGAAGUAUAAUAUUCUGGACAGUGUAUGAGACAUUCAAAUAAUAAAUACUUGAUAUGAGUACAGUGGUAGUGGGUUUCGUCUAAUUGACUCCAUAGUAUUGGGCAUUUCUUCUAUACUUGUUUCUCUCAAUCCAGGUGCAGUCUUCAUCCGAACACACCAUGCUCUGAUAACAUUUGCAUGAGCUUGAGCAAGGGUAGCAAUUUUCUGAGCACAUGUUUGUAUAGAAAAGUUAUAUGUGCACUUUAACUCACGUUCACAAUUUAAGAUGUUUACUUUCAAGUAAAGGGCAGUUAGGCUUUCAAGUAAACACCCAAGCAUUAAACCAUAUUUCAAAUUAAAUCUGAAUCUUAUUCUUAGUUCAAUGUACUUUAAGUAGUAGAUCAAAAUAAAUUUUCAUGGUAUUGGAUAUGUAGUAUGUAUAGAGUAUUCAAGCAGGUACAUAUAUUUAAUACUGCCCUUUUUAUAGUAGGUGCUUUAUAAUAAUAAUAAUAAUAAUAAUACACUGUCUGUAAUAAGAGUGGGUUCAUGUAUUAAUAGCAUUCAUGUGUGUCGGACUUGACAUUCUUUGAGCUCCACAAUUACUACACCGGCUUUAGCAUGGCUGCCAUUAUGGCGGUCUAGCAUUUUAAGGAAUUAAGCCACAUGUACCUCGCCUGGGUCGAGUGUGGCAGAUGUAGAUUAUUGUCCUGCCAAAGGACAUACGUACUUCGCUGGACUCAAAUAGUGAACCAUAUGAUCCACAGUCCUGUGAUAUAACCACUAGACAACGACACCUCCACAUGCUAUUAUCAUGAUUUUAUUGUAUUGUGAUUUGUAAUAUUUGUACUAUUCCAUUAAAUGUACUCAUAAAAUGCUUUACACAAUCCA